AUGGUUAAGGAAAAGAAACUUUAUGAUUUGUUAGGAAUAGAUCCUUCCGCAAGUGAACAAGAAAUUAAGAAAGCAUAUAGAAAACAAGCAUUGAAAUAUCAUCCAGAUAAACCAACAGGUGAUACUGAGAAAUUUAAAGAGAUUUCUGAAGCAUUUGAUAUAUUAUCUAAUCCCGAUAAAAGAGAAGUAUAUGAUAAUUAUGGUUUAGAAGCAGCUAGAGGUAAUGCUCCUGCUGCUGAUGCAGGCAAUCCAUUUGGUGGUGCCGGUGGUGGAGCAGGUGGACCACAUUUCAAUUUCAGUUCAGGUGGACCAGGUGGUUUCCGUUCAGGUGGAGGAUUUUCACAAGCUGAUGCAUUUAAUAUAUUUAGUCAAAUGGGUGGAUUUGGUAUGGGAGAUGAUGGUUUUACAUUUAGUUCAAGUGGUGGUGGUAAUCCAUUUGGUGGAGCUGGUGGUUUUAGAGGAGGAGCUGGUGGUGGUAUGCCAGGUGGAUUUGGUAGACAACAAGCAAGACCUGAACCUGAUGUUGUAUCAAUGCCUUUGGGAGUUUCUUUGGAAGAUUUAUAUAAAGGUGCUACUAAGAAAUUAAAAAUUACUAGAAAAAAUUCAAAUGGUUCAAAAGAACAAAAAAUCCUUGAAGUUAAUAUUAAACCAGGUUGGAAAUCAGGUACAAAGAUUAAUUUUGCAAAUGAAGGGGAUUAUCAACCUGAAUGUGGUGCUAGACAAACUAUUCAAUUUGUCAUUGAAGAAAAACCAAACCCAGUAUUUAAAAGAGAUGGUAAUAAUUUGAAAAUGAAUGUCACAUUAUCAUUUAAAGAAUCUUUAUGUGGGUUUGAAAGAGAUGUUACUACUUUAGAUGGUAGAAGAAUCCCAUUAUCAAGAACUCAACCAAUACAACCAGGUACUGUUUCAACUUAUCCAGGUUUAGGUAUGCCAAUAAGUAAAACACCUGGUCAAAGAGGUGAUUUAGAAAUAGUUUACAAAGUUGAUUAUCCAACUUCUUUAACACCAGCUCAAAAACAAGCUAUACAAGAAAACUUUUGA